AUGUCAAAACUCCUCACCGUAUUCGGCGCCACAGGCAACCAAGGUGGCUCUGUCAUUCAGGCCAUUCUAGCUGACCCCGCCCUGAGUAAAGAAUACAAAGUCCGCGGAAUCACACGCGACGUAUCUAAAGAAUCCGCUAAGAGACUUGCCUCACAAGGGGUGGAAAUGGUCGCCGCGGACUUGUCAUCAACCCCUCAACUCUUAAGCGCUAUCCAAGGCUCCCACACAGUCUUCCUAAUAACCAAUUUCUGGGAGACCACCAAUAAAGAUAAAGAAAUAAGCCAAGGAAAAGCAGUCACCGAUGCCUGCAAGCAAGCCGGCGUUCAACACCUCAUCUUCUCUUCUCUUCGGGGCAUUACCGAAUUAACAGGCGGACAACUUUCGAACGUGGCGUAUUUCGAUACUAAAGCCGAGAUUGAGAACUAUAUACGAGAAAGUAGUGUGCCGGCGACGUUUGUGUUGGCGGCUUUCUAUAUGACGAAUUUUUCGAGGGCGUUGAAGAAAAGGGGGCAUGUGUUGACGCUUGAGUGGCCUGUUGACCCGGAGAUGGCGAAGGUGCCGGUUUUGGAUGUUAAUGAGGAUACUGGCAAAUUCGUCAAGGCUGUCAUCAAGAAAUUAUUCCCGAGCACGGUUGGGAAACGAGUGCUCAUGGCGGCGGGUUACUAUACUCCCAACCAGAUUGUUACGGAAAUUGCAGAGACUCUUGGAGUUAGGACAGCGGCUGUCAAGGUUCCCCAAGAAGCGUUUACGUCCUUUUUGGCUCCAGAACUCACGCAAGGAACGAUUGAGAAUCUGUUGGUUAUGGAAGCAGAGGGCUAUUAUGGUGGCGAGAGUUUGGAGCCGUCGCUUGCUCUUCUCGAGGAGAAGCCAGUAUCGUGGAAAGAGUUCGUGCAGCGGAAUUCGUCUUUAUUUGUGUGA